UAAGGCCCCAGCCAUAUGCAGCACGGGAACAUGCAGUGACGCCAAGCAGACUAUUUUACCAAGGUGCUGGAAGACGAUCUCAAGGCCGUCGUCAAGCCGCAGUAUGUGGAUCAGAUCCCGAGGGCAAUCAAGGCAGCCGAUAAGUCGGUCCGCAAGCUCAUCGAAGGCCGCUCUCAGAUGGACAAUCUGGAGGAAAUCUGCGAGGUCCUGGAGCUGAAACAUGUCUACGAUCGUGACGUCUCGUUGCUGUCUGGUGGAGAGUUGCAGCGCUUUGCCAUCGGUACUGUGUGCGUCCAGCAGGCGGAUGUGUACAUGUUCGACGAGCCAUCCUCUUUCCUCGAUGUCAAGCAACGUCUCGCUGCUGGUCGCAUGAUUCGCAGUCUGCUCCGUCCCGACGAUUAUGUCAUCGUUGUCGAGCAUGACUUGUCCGUCCUAGACUAUCUCUCAGACUUCAUCUGCGUUCUCUAUGGCAAGCCUGCCGUCUACGGUGUCGUUACCCUGCCGGCAUCCGUGCGAGAAGGUAUCAACAUCUUCCUCGACGGUAACAUCCCCACUGAGAACCUCCGCUUCCGAGAGGAGUCUCUCCAGUUCCGGAUUGGCGAGGCCGGCGAAGAUUUCAUGGUGGACAAGUCACGUGGAUACGGCUACCCAAAGAUGGAAAAGACCCUAGGCGGCUUCCAUCUCAGCAUCGAACCUGGCCAGUUCACCGACUCCGAAAUUCUCGUCAUGAUGGGGGAGAACGGUACCGGCAAGACCACUUUCUGCAAGAUGCUCGCAGGCGCUCUGCAGCCCGACGGAGGAAAGAAGGUCCCUCCAAUGAACAUCAGCAUGAAGCCCCAGAAGAUUACUCCAAAAUUCCAAGGCACCGUCCGCCAGCUCUUCUUCAAAAAGAUCAAGGCCGCCUUCCUGAGCCCGCAGUUCCAGACCGACGUAUACAAGCCGCUUAAGAUGGACGACUUCAUCGACCAAGAAGUGCAAAAUCUGUCUGGUGGUGAAUUGCAGCGUGUAGCCAUCGUCCUCGCCCUCGGUAUCCCGGCUGACAUCUACCUGAUCGACGAGCCCAGCGCCUACCUUGACUCUGAACAGCGUAUCGUCGCCGCCCGCGUCAUCAAGCGCUUCAUCAUGCACGCCAAGAAGACAGCAUUUGUCGUCGAGCACGACUUCAUCAUGGCUACCUAUCUCGCCGACCGCGUCAUUGUCUUCGACGGACAGCCUGCCAUCAAGGCGCGCGCCAACCAACCCGAGUCACUCCUCACUGGCUGCAACAAGUUCUUGAAGAACCUCGAUGUCACCUUCCGCCGCGAUCCCAACUCCUUCCGUCCUCGUAUCAACAAGUACAACUCGCAGCUUGACCAGGAACAGAAGUUGAACGGGAAUUACUUCUUCUUAGAGGAAGAGGCUUGAAAAGGUUGUCCAUGAGCGGAAUAGCCCUCAUCACCAGCACCGCCCUCGCGGGCAUGUGAAGGGCGGUCGUGGGACGAAGAGGGGCAAUAAGAAGCGUGGCUUGAGGGCGCGCUUAGUAGGCCUCAUAGAUGAGGAGAGCGGGUCUGAUGAAGAAGACGAGGAAGAUGACUGUGAGGCUGCAGCGGUCGUCCUCCUGUGUUAACUGCACCCCCGUCCAGCUGCUGGACAAUGUCAAGCAUAUGGGACCUUAACACGGGUCAAGUUAGGGGAUCGCUGCUAGCCGUAAGGCAUGCGGUGAGGCACACCAUCGUGUUCACAAAAGUAUCUCGAACGUCGCAGGCGUUCGAUUCUGCGCUUUUGCUGUAGCCAGCUUAGUUAGAGCACGCUCUGUAGCGUUACAAAGAAUAUAGACGGCUAGCUGAUAUCAUGUGCCCGGUACAUAUCCGUAAUCACGAUGUGGCUGAAGCGAGACCAUCAGCGGGUAAGGGUG